AUGGCUAGAUGGAUGGCUGUCUCAAGGAAUGAUUUCUCUGAACGGGUAGAAAGGCUCGUAGCACCAACUAGAUCAGAAAACGGACUAUAUUUUGAGGAUAUAGCGGCAUUCUGGGUCCCACGUCUCGGUAUGAGAUGCGGUUUGGUAUUGCGGCUGGUGCGUAACACGUUUUCUAAAUCCCCUGUUCCUGUCUUUGAGUGGAAGAAAGGAAACGACUCGAAAGAAAAAAUAUCAGUUUGCUUUCAAGUUCUUUCGAUCUUAAAAAAGGAAAAUAGCAAGUGGUUGUUAUCACCCACAAAAGAAAUAAUGUGGAGUGAAUGCAAAACACAUUUGCUAACUUUCGGAAACCUCCAAGGGGAAAGAAAGUGGCCUUUGAAAGUAGACGCGGAGGCGAUGGAAAUUCUACUGCCAAAGCUGGAAGAGGAAGAAGAAGAGUCUCGGAGGAAGGAGGAGAAACUGAAAGAGUUAGAAAAGGAGAAACGUAAAAUGGGGCCACCAGAAGACAUGACUGUCUUCCUUCUCAAAGAGGUGUUAGACAGUCUAAAUGUGACCUAUAGAUCCAACGAAAAAAAACCAGAACUUAUAGCAAAAGUCCGUCAAGCUCGUGAGAACUUACAGGAAGGAGAAACUCACUCAACCUCAAGAUAUAUUGGAAAGAAGAAGAGCAGAAAAUUCAAAGCCUGCUUAACUUUGAAUAAUAACAUAGCUUGCUUAUACUAUUACGAUGAGAGAAAAGAGAAACUUCUCCAGAUCCUUUCUCACCUAUUGUUUCUCUUGGAAAUUGUUGGAGCAUAUUUGCAAUGCAUUCUUUUUCGUACAAAUUGUAACUUUUAUUCUCGCGGUCUAUUGCCUUUUGUUGUGUCAUUCAUGUGUAAUGACCUUUUUGCUCACUUGAUUCAUUUACGUCGGCGUGUGGAUGGAGGUGUUAUCUUCUUGGCUGUUCGCUCAAGUUAA